UGGGCAGUUCGUGGGUGGCCAUUUUGGGAGGGGGCUUCAGAGCUGUGAGGGGACUGUGAGGAUAGAGGAGCCUCUCAACAGGAGCAGGGUCACAGCCAUCCCUAAAGCUGCUACAGCUGCCCCUCAGCCUCUGAGGGACCAGAUUCCCUCUAUUGUUCAAGCUUUAGUCAUGACUUCUGGCGAAGCUUUGGCACUGUGGAUUUCAUAAUGCUGAAAAGUGAGGAGAAGGGAGCCAGGGAAGUCCUUUCUCUGACCCUUGGCCUGGUGUUUCUGUGGAGAAUGCAGCUCACCUUUGUGCUCCCUCAGUCAGCCCUCAGCAUGGAAGGAGACAGGGGCACAAGACAGCUGGUCAGACUUCUCAGGAGGCAUCAUUCCAGGCUGUUUGUCUUGCUGGCUGUGCUCUACAGUGGAGUGAAGACCAGUAUUGUGCCACAGAAAAUGUAUGGGAGGAUCACAUCCCCAAACUUUCCAAAUGUCUACCCAAACCACAAGGAGAGAAUCUGGAAUAUUACUGUCCCCAAGGGAUAUUCUGUCCGUAUCUACUUCACCCAUUUCAACCUGGAGCUGUCCUACCUGUGUGAAUAUGAUUAUGUGAAGCUGAGCUCUGGUGGGAAGACCUUGGCUAAACUGUGUGGAAAGGACAGCACAGACACUGAGGAGGCUCCGGGCAAUAAGACAUACAUCUCCAUGGACAACCACCUCAUGGUGGUGUUCAGGUCUGACUACUCCAAUGAGAAACCAUUCACGGGCUUUGAGGCCUUCUAUGCUGCUGAAGAUAUUGAUGAGUGCAAGCAGCUGUUGGAUGGUGAACCCCUCUGCAAUCAUCACUGUCACAACUAUGUGGGGGGCUACUAUUGCAGCUGCAGAGUUGGCUACACACUGCAUGAAAACAAGAGGACAUGCACAGCCCACUGUCAGAGUCUCGUUUUUACUGAGAGAAUUGGAGAAAUCCCUGACCCUGACUAUCCAACACCUGAUCUCAGCUCCUGCAGCUACAGGAUCCAGAUAGGAGGCUUCCUGAUCGAGCUGGAAUUCAUGGAGACCUUUAAUGUGGAGACACACCCAGGACUGCUGUGCCCCUGUGAUGUCCUUAAGGUAAGGGAAGUUAAAACAGGAAUACAUGGUCAUUCCUGCUGAAAGCUGCAUUUCACACUUACUUCUUAGUAACUGAACUGAGCUUCCCAGCAGGCAGUUUUGGAAGGUGUAUGCUUAUGGAACUUUAAAAUCACAGGUAGGUGAUGGUGGUUUGGGGAGGCACACUCUUAACUCAGCAGUUACUUUCUAGGCUGUCUGAUUUGACAGCUGCACUGUUUAUGUAGAAACCCAGAAUAACUGAACUGAUGUGAGAGUUAUGGAUUCCACACAUACAGUGGGAGAGCUGGGGGUGUGUGAAAAUGCAGUGACAAAAUUUAGGGCCAGUGUGAAGCCCUGUUCUGCCCUGGAAAGGCCAACAGUAAUGGUAGGGCCUAAACAUGGAAUUAAUUAAAUGUGGUCCUUGGCUCUGGGGUGUGCAAAGGGAAUGUCCCUGCCUUACCUGGACACACCUGGAGCUUUGCCUGUGGGAAGGAUUUGUAAGGCUGUGUAAGCAAUGCUGAAAGGUACCCAGGUGGGCUUCAUUCAGUCACAGCUGGGAGCUUUCUUACCAUUCCCAAUCCAUCAGUGGAUUUAAGAGAUUAAAUCCUGGGAAUAGCCUGAGGGGGGGAAGUGACACAGUCACCUUCUCAGGAGCCCGCAGGGACUCAAAAGCCACCUAAAAUAUGUUGUCUGAGGAUGCCUGUAGAGUGUCACUCCUGCUGUCAACCAGAGCCCAGCUGUUCUAGUCCCUGGCUCUCAUCUGUGCUGUCUCUGGGAUGCAGGUCAAGAUCCACGUGGUGAUGGACACUGGAGACACUGCAGCUCGUGCCUCAGCUCCUGCCUGCAGGGACCUGCCCGUGCUGGGCUGGGCACAGUCACCCACUCAGCUACUCCCCUGCUCUUGCACAGGAGCAGGUACAGCCCUGUGGCUUUCUUGGCUUUCUUUUAGUACCUCUAAGCUGGCGAGGCAGAACCACUUCAGUGCAGAAUGUUCAUUUAAACAAUCAAUUACCACCUUUGUUACACUGAUUUUUCAGACUGGCAAGUGCUACAGGUGCUGUUUAACACCAACAAAACUGAAAAUGUUAUGAUAACCCCAUGGUGUGACUGUAAUAGCUAAUACUGACCUUAGAUUUGUUAAACCAUUUACUAUUUUACAUGCCUUGGUCUUUCCUGAGUCUCCCCAGCACAGCCAGCAUUGCAGAUUAAUGCCCAAAACUCAGUUCAGUUCUCCUCGAAGAGAGUAAAAAGCUGAACCCUCCUUUACUCCAGCUCUUUUGGAGAAUGCAGUUUCAUAAUUAACUAAAUUGUUGCUUUUAAACUGCUUGGCAUUGUUUCUGACAGGAAGAUUGAACCACGCUCUAGCAGUACUUGUGAGGGGAAAAGCCACUGCAUUCCCUCGCUGCACAGUACAGGGUUGGGAAUUUUGUUUUUUAAUGCCUGAACUGCUACAUUAAUUACACUGUAAAAUUAGUCAGGAUCCAAGACUAAGUUUUGGGAGAAACAUUUUACAAUGUAAUAGCAUAAUUGUCGCUCUUAUCUUUUAGAUUAGAAUAUCCAUAUAUUCCAAUUACCUUAAUUUACAUUCAGAACAAAUGCAUUUCCUUCUCCAUGCCCAAAUUCCUCAGCAGUGCUGUCUCUCUUGAUUACAGAACUUUUCCAAGGGAUGCACUACUAAUGAAAAUUGUAUUCUAAAUCAAAUAUUCAUUUGCAAGCAAUUUUACCAUUCCAAAACAAUCUAGGAAUUACAUUUAGAACCAUUAACUUAAUUUAAUCCGUAUAAGCACAAUAAUUCAGUGUUCAGAUCUCAAAACUGUUAAACAGCUCUGGCUGCCUUUGUUGUCUUGCACUUCGUGGAGCAAGGGGAGCCUGGAGAGUUUCCCUGGCAAGUGGUGUAAUUACAGGGAGAGGAGGAUCAGGAGGAUCAGCUGUGUGUGACAACGGGGCUCCAACAGCUGCUCGUGGUGUAGCUGAUCAAAGAAACCCCUCAGCUUUGAGCAGGACAUUGGAGAUUUUGAGCAAACACUAUGAAGAAGGCCAGACAAAAAUAAUUCCUGAAGGUUAUAAAAAUGAUCUUGUCCACUUUGAUAAUGGUAUUGGUUAGAGUGGAGCAGGUAGUCCCAGUUAGUACCACUCUUACACCUGUUUGUUUACCAGGAGAAGAUGGAUCUCAGGUGACAGCAGGUGAGGGGAGAGGGCAGAACAGCUGCAA